AUGGCAAAGUCCUCAAGAAAACUCCGUGUAUACCUAGGAAGACAAUUCCUGCUUCCUUCUGUUAGGCUCCCUUUUCUUUCCUUAAAGAACGAUUACCUGAUUCCCCUCUGUCUGAUUUCCAGAAUGGAACAUGCACGGAUUUAAAAUUAAAUGCUAAAUCAAAUAAAUUCUAUAAUUGGCUGCGGCAGAGGGAGAGAUGGGACACUCCAGUGCCUCAUUUUGCUCUUGAACUGGCACUUGAGUUUUGUUUCUUCCUCCUCCCUGUCCAUUCCCUUUUCCUUUGGAGUUGUGUCUGUUAGAUAGGGUCUGUUGCCUUUGUUCCAAUGUAAGCUUCCUCUGGUAUGUUUUCAGCCACAGAGAAGAAUAAAAUGCUGUAAAUCAUUAACUGAGCGUCAAAGGGCAUUGUGAACAUUCUUUGUCUCACCUUGCCAUACUGCUGGCAGAACAAGGGAAAGGAAGAGACCAGAAGAAGGAAAGACCAGAAGCAGCCAGUGGUUGUAAGUAUGGUACAGGCUGAAUUCUAAGGUGGGUUGGGGGCUAUAAAAGGAGGGGGGUUGUUUCAAAGGUUUAUUUAUUGUUACUCAGAACCUCCAAGUCCCAUAGAACUCUUUGGUUCAUAAAAGCCCUCAUGUUUUACACUUAUUCUUUGGGGGGUCCUGAUGCAAAUUCUCAGGCUCUUGGAAUGUAACAGGACCAUAAGUUAAUGCAUAUUUUUGCUGUGUUUGUGGCUUUGGGGAAAUAGCCAUUUAAACUCUGAUUCCAUAGCCAUAGUGUGAGAGUUAGUCCACAAGCAAUUACAUGUGUAUUUACAAGCAAUUACAAGUGGAAAUAUUCCUACCCGGUCCCAACAAAAUGGCGGCCAACAUUUAUCCAUAGCAAGGUCAUGCAUACAAAAGUUUGAAAAGAGAGUGGGUGGGUUGGGAGACCUGGCGAGGAGGCGAGAGAAGAAAGCCCCUGGCCGCGAAGCAGUUUAAAACACCUGCGGUCACGUCCCCCACCGGCAUAGAUUGACCGAGCAGGGGUGACGCAGCUGGGGCAGGCGCAGAAGGGGGUCUUAAUCCUAUGCCCACGAGCCGGGUCAUUGCAAGGGCCCAGGUGCUCAGCCACAACGCUGCCCAAUGCGAUGGGUGAGGGGUCCUACUUGAAGGUCCCAAAGGAUGUGGUAUCAAAACUCACUCUCUCAUAUAUCUUGAUAAAUAUGUUCUAAUGAGUAAUAAUAAUGUGUUUGUGAGAGGGGGUUACUGCUUUGUUUUUGCUUUAUUGUGUAUUUUGUAUUUUUGUGCGGCGAACCACACUGUUAUCUUUGGCUGUAUACAAAUUUAAUUAAUGAUGGUGAUGGUGAUGAUAACAUCUUUACAGUUUUUCAGUGUCAUCAAUGACUUCUUUCACAUACAAGGGAAUCAGUUUACCUGUAGUGGACUACUACUCAGAGGAAACGCUCCGCUAUGUUGAAAAUGAAUUCCAAAUGUUGGAUGAUGAUAUAGUGAGUGUCACUUACCCCAAGUCAGGUUAGUGGUGCACUUAGGUAAUUUUAAACUUGGAGUAAACGGUGUUUCAAAGAUUAUGAUGUCCUAUUUCAGAAACAUUAAACAAUAAAAUAGCUAAUCUCUCCCUGCAUCCAUUUUUGAUGCUUCAUAUCUCCUACGGUCUUUGUAUGUUAAGACACACCUUUUUCUUUUUCUUUUUGACAAGUCGGAUCAAGAAAUUAAAGUUUCACUUAAAGCCAAUUAUUAUGGUUCUGUCAUGUCUAAAGGCUGUGUGUAACAUUCCACUCUACCAGGAGCGCCAUGCAACUGACAAAUGCAUCUUAAACUCGUGAUUCAAAACACUGGAAAGCUAAGCGGGUGGCUUGCAUCAUAGAUUUUUGUUUUUCUAGAUACACAGCCCUUGGAAAUGGGGACUCUAUUAACACCACCAUGCUAAACCUCCUUACUCGGAGGUACCUCAACAAUUAAGGUAUAGCUGACCUAUAAAAAGAUCAGGAAGAUACACUCUUGCUUAAGAGAAAGAUGCUUAAGGAAAACAGGUCCAAGAAUUUCAGAUAGUCCAUCCAAAACUUCUACAGCUAACUUUAAUCAAUAAUUUCGUUUCCCAUUUUCUCUCACCUCAUCCCCCCGCACCCCCCUCAGUAUAAAGCUGUUUUGGAUUCCUGAUUAAGCAGACAAUGUUCUUAUCACUGAAUGCAGCAAAAUCAGGUGGUAUUCUCCUUUAAAUUGAGGGCCACCUAAAGAAUCUGAGGCUUAAUUAUGCCCUCUUGCGGAAUAUCUGUUCUUCAAUACUGGAAUAGCUGGAUCACAUGUUUGCCCAAGUAUAAAGCUGUUCUGCUAUAUUUUAACAGGAAGAUUCUAGAGAUGUGCCUCCUGCAGGUGUGAGCAACAAGUCAUCCAUGAAUGCUGACUGUAUAUAGAAAGCUAAGUAAUAUGUCUGCUAUAGAUUAGUCACACUGCUAAUAUCCUCACUGGCUACACCCUCAUCAAAAUAGUUCAUUCAGUUUGGUUCACCAUGUUAAACUAGACAUGAAUUUUUGGAAUCUUGCUGCGUAGGAGGGUGCUGAGUAACUUGCUGUUCACAAAAAAUCAUUCCAAUUUUUUCUGAUCCUUUCAAUUGAUUUUGCAUGGGGCAUACUGGUUCUAUUGAGCCAUGGAAGGGGAGAUGGAACAAGAUAAAGGAAAUGUGUUUAUUGCAGAAUCAAGAGGGGUUGAGAAGACUACCUAAUAUUCCUCUAGGUACCCAUUGGAUGCAGGAGAUCCUGGGCUUAAUUUGGCGUGAUGGGGACCCCUCCUGGGUUCAGAGUUUACCAGCGUGGGAACGGAUAGCUUGGAUUGACAGUAUUCCGGGCCUACAGCUUGCCUUGAAAUAUCCUGCACCCAGGCUCCUGGGAUCUCACCUGCCAUUCCACAUUUUCCCCAAGUCCUUCCUGCACUCCAAGUCCAAGGUAAUAGAGGAACAAUUGACACAUCAAACCUUCUUUUGGCUCUGUUAGGCAGAAUGACCUGCUCAGUGUUUCAAACACUCCACCUAUGGCCCUAGUCAAGACAAGUAUCUAACCCAAAAAGGGUGGGAAGAUAACCCCUGCCCAAAUCAAGGAUGGAGGAAGACAAUUUGCUGCCUCAGGUGUGGCAGAAAACACACAUUACCAAACACUAAUUCCUACUAGCUUCUGGGGGUAUAAGGAUGGUAUACAAAUUUAAUAAACAAAGAAAGAAACAAAUAAAACAACAGUAAAUUAAACAACAAAGACUUUGCUUCCUUUUCAUGAGACCCACCUAAGCUGCCUUGGUCUGUCUCUAGUUAGGGCUGCUUCUGUUGCCUUCCCUAAAUAUGUCCCCUCCCUCUCUUCCAGGUUAUCUAUACCGUGCGUAAUCCCAAAGAUGUGAUGAUCUCAUACUAUCAUUUCAGCAAGGGCUUAAAAAUAGUGGAGGACCCUGGAACUUUGGAAGAGUACAUGGAGGAGUUCCUGAGUGGGAGUGGUAGGGAAAGAGGGAAAUCAGCCUCUCUCAUUUGUUCUACCUCACUGUUCACUAUGUUAUCAAGGCUCUUUCCUGCCCUUUCCUCUCAUUUCCUUUCAUUGUAUCAGAGAAGUACAAUUUCCAGUGAGAUAGGUGGGGAGGGGGUAGGAUGGGAAAAGGUCUCUCAGUACUCACCUCAUUUUCUUUUAAAAAGUAAUGAAUGUCAUUAAAAGGGGAAUUGGAAUGGCUGCAAAAUGUAGGGAGAGGAUAUUAUGAAUCCCUGGCUCUAGUGUCGUAUACAAUAUUAGAUCUCUUGUCUAUGUAAAUAGAAUCAUUAGACAACCCAGUCGCUAGGUGGUACUAGGCUUAGUUGUAUCUGGGUGUUAUUGAAAGUUCCCUGCUUCUGUAAAUAGGUGCCACUGUGGUGGGAAGGUAAACGGUGUUUCCGUGUACUCUGGCUUCUGUUAUGGUGUCCUGUUACACCAGAAGUGGUUUAGUCAUGCUAGCUGCAUGACCCAGAAAGCUGUCCGUGGACAAACGCCAGCUCCCUCAGCCUGAAGCAAGAUAAGUGCCACACCCCAUAGUUGCCUUUGACUGGACUUAACUGUUACCUACCUUUUACCCGAUUGGGUGAAUAAAGGCCUUUUGUAGGUUCCUGACUGGUGUAUCCUUUAUGUCUUUCCUCUCGCCUCUGAAACUGUUUACUUUGCUCUUUACACUUUGCUCUUCAAGUGUCUUAUGGUUCCUGGUUUGAGCAUGUGAAAAGCUGGAUGGAGAUGAAGGACAAAUCCAACUUCUUCAUCAUCACCUAUGAAGAACUACAGCAGGUAUUGGCCCAACCUUGACAAUAUUCACACUUCCAGGUUGUGUCUCCAACUUUAUGUCAUGUGACAUAUUAUUUUGCCAUUUUAUUUUAUUUUUUGUUCUGAAAAAGUCUUCCACAAUUGGCAAGGUGAUUCUGAGUUAGAGAGGUACAAAUUCCCAAGUAAUUCUCACCUUUAUCUGGUGCUUUCUGUCCAGUUGCAGUUGCUUGGUUCUGCAUAAGUCUAUGCUCUGUUUCAUUGUUUGCUGAUUCAGAAAUAUAUGCAUUUUUAACACACACUACCAUCGCAGCUGUCUACAGAUAUUUACAAAUCAGUUCAUCUUCCCUGCAUGUUCCCUUUCAAAAUUAAUGAAACAGGUAGCCCUCUUAGCUAAGAGCCUUGGGACACCUUAGAGACAAAGCUCAUGGUGUGACUAAUGGCCCAUCACAAAUCCACCUGUCACUGCAAACCUAAACAUGCCCUUUCAGAAGUAAGUCCUAUUGAAUUCAGUGGGGCUCACGACCAGGUAAGUGGAAUUAGGAUUGAAGCAAUUCUUGCUACCUUGAUUUCACAAUUCAUUAUAAAGUUUCUAUCCUGUCUUGUUUCUCUCACGUCAGGAGAGGCAGUUUAGUUAUGCUGUAAGUGCAGAAAACUUGGGGGGUGGUGGGUAUGUAAAAGAUUUUUAAAUUUAAUUUCACUAUUGAAAGAAACAUUUAAGGUGGUAAGAACGGGCAGUCAAAUCCAAAUGGUUCUCCACUCUUAAAAAAACAACCUGUGGAGCAGUGAUAACACGAGCAAUUUUCAGAAGAGAUUAUUUAUUUCCUCGUGAAAAGAACAAUAAUGAUUGAUGUGUUCCUUUGGUCUUUAAAAUGUUAUAGGGAAAAAAAUCACGAUAGGGUUUCAUCCUUAAUCUGCCCCCUAAAACCAUAUACCUGUGGAUGAGUAUCUCUGAAUUCUGUGGGAUUUACUUCUGAGUAGACAUGGUUAGGAUUGCAGCAUAAUCCUUUAAACACAUAAUAACACUUCCGAAGAGGCACCUUUAUGCAUCAGUUAAUAUAUUAGCAACAUACUUCAAAGAAAUUUAUGUAUCUAUUUAUAUACAAAGUAUGUGUGUUAAAAAAGGAAAGUGUCCUUUGCAGAGAACUAAGGGACGCGGGUGGCGCUGUGGGUAAAUCCUCAGCGCCUAGGACUUGCCGAUCGUAUGGUCGGCGGUUCGAAUCCCCGCGGCGGGGUGAGCUCCCUUCGUUCGGUCCCAGCUUCUGCCCACCUAGCAGUUCGAAAGCACCCUUAAGUGCAAGUAGAUAAAUAGGUACCGCUUUAUAGCGGGAAGGUAAACGGCGUUUCCGUGUGCUGCUCAGGUGCCGGUUCGCCGGAGCAGCGUCGUCACGCUGGCCGCGUGACCCGGAAGUGUCUCCAGACAGCGCUGGCCCCCGGCCUCUAGAGUGAGAUGAGCGCACAACCCUAGAGUCUGUCAAGACUGGCCCGUACGGGCAGGGGUACCUUUACCUUUACCUUUAAGGUGAAUAGUGCUCACAGCAAGUCUGUGCUACAGAGGGGGUUUGAAUGAGCAGAUGGAAUGAAACAGUUUGAUAGUCCAUUUUCAAUUGAUUUCUCCAACAUUUCUAUUUUGAGUUCAGAGUUUCUUUCUUCUUCUCCAAUAUAUUUAAAAUAAAAUAAAAAUGACUUAAGGCCAAAGAGCCUGAUAUUACAUGCGCGGUGGCAUUCCUUUGUUCUACAACAGACCAGGUGUAGCCUACAAUCUGCUGUUCUGUACUUAAUUCAACAUCUUCGAAUUCAGAGCUGUCUCCAGUAUUCCCUGGGUCCUGUACCGAAUUUGAGGUAGCCUUGAAUCAUUCUUGCUAAAUGCUCCCUGCAAGAAUGGCCUCUGUAUUCUUCUUUCUCAAAGGGCAGAUCUCCCUGUGGCAGUGUCAAUAUGAGAAUUCAGUCAUUUGCUUUUUCCUUCUGCAGGACUUACUAGGAAGUGUGAAGAGGAUUUGUCAUUUUAUUGGUAAAGAGCUGAACAGUCAGCAAAUCGACUCUGUGGUGGAAAAUGCCUCCUUCCACAAGAUGAAGGACAACAACAUGUCCAACUUUACUCAAUUUCCAGAUACCUAUUUUGAUCACACAAAAGGAAAGCUCAUGAGGAAAGGUAACAAAAUACCCUGUGAUAAACAAAGGCCGUGGCUUGUGCAACCUAUGAAAAGUGUGUGUGUGUGUCUGUGUGUAAGAGAGAGAGAGAGAGAGAGAGAGAGAGAGAGAGAGAGAGAGUAGUGGUGGGGAAGAAAUUUGAUUCAGUUCACAUUGAGUAAGCCUACUCAUCUCACACUUUCCUGUACUGAAACUCAACAGUUCUUUGAAAUUCACACUUCUCUGAAAUUUGUGUGCUAUUUUCUGCACAACUGAUCAGUGCAAAAAUGAAACUGCUAACAUAAUGUAGGCUGGCUUCACCCUCCCAAGGCUGGAUACCUGGAGGUCUCCGCCUACCUCAGCCAAUCGCCCAACCCCGCCUGAGGAGGCGUUGCCAGGGGGUUGGCCAGGUAAGGGGAGAGACCGCCCUGCCCACACAACAGAAGGUGAAUCUUACAUGCGAAACAUCAGUUAUUUAAGAUUUGAAAAAAGAGAGAAAAGGAGAAAAACUAAAAUUGACAGAUUUGCCCAUUCUUACUUGUGAAGCUUUAGGAAAAUGCAGCUAAGUAAGUCUAAGCCAUCAACAUGGAAGCAUAACUACUCCUGGGGCACCAGUUGAGGGAGGGCCUGGGAAGAACAGCCAGGGAGCAGGUCCUGCUAUUCCUAAAAAAAGCCACCUGAGGCAGCUGCCUUGCUUCAUCCAGUGGAAGGGCAAGUCCUGAGCAAGAUGAAAUGGGGUCCUGAUUUUAGUUGAAGUAAUUUUAGUGGAUCUUUUUUGUGGUUACCAAGUGGUUUCACAGCCUCUUGUGUUGUUCCAGGUAUCUGUGGGGACUGGAAGAACCACCUGACUGUGGCACAGAAUGAACACUUUGACCGUGUUUAUCGUGAGAAUAUGCAGGGUCUGCGCAUGACAUUUCCAUGGGAUUGA